GAUUUUGCGAUCAUUUGUGAAUUGUUUGUCGCGAGUCUUUUCCAUUACAGGCGGUCGGGUCGCGCACCGUUUAAUCCCGUCGUCCGUUCAAACAGUUCGAUCCUAUCGAUUAUUAAUAAUUAUUAAUAUCUAGCCAAUAUCUAGUUAUUACGCAAUUAUUAGAACGUUUAUCACCAAUACAAAUCAUUUUGUUACGUAAGUUUUAUUUCCUAUUCACAUUAAUCUCGCUCGAUUAUUAGUGCGUUCAUCGUAAAAUAUCAUUAAUUACCAAUAUAAUUCGCGAAUUUUUUGUUUUCAAUUUUUUUACGACUGAAAACACGAUAAAAAAUAUUGUUACUUAUAACAUAUUAUAAUAUCGAAUAACGUUCUCGCUCGAAUGACAGCUUUCAUAUCCUGACGACAACCGACCAACGCCGUCGCCGUGAAAAUCAGUGACAUCAAUAAUAAUAAUAACAGUAUCGAAUAUCAUCAUUAUUCGUUAUUAUUACAUAUUGCGGUGAUCAAAGGGAACGACGAGAGAUGGAGUUCACAGUUUUUCGGGAUCAAGAAAAUGCCAACAAUGUUAUGCGCAACAAGGAGAAUAAUGUUGCUUCAAGGGACCAGCAGCCCUCCAAACGACGAUCGGUGCUCGGCGUGUUGAACGCCAAACAACCCUUUACCAAAAAGCCGCAGCCAAAAUCCAAGCCUCAAGGAACCAAUAAAUUUGGUUUUCCGAAUAAAUCAUCAGUGCCAUUUACAAUUCAUGAAGAUCCACAAGUAAAUAAAAAAGCUGCUGCUAGUGAAAACUUGUCAAGAAACAAUGUGGAAAAUCAGAAGCCUCUGCUACUCAAGAAUGAAUCUAAUAUUAAUGAAGCAAAGGUCACUCAACCCAAGAUAGAAUUAUUGAAAGAGAAAAGACAACCAUUAUCUGAUGUAAGCCAAACUGUUCCAACAUUUGUAAAAAAUGAAGAAAAAAUAGAUGAAAAAGACAUUAAGGAUAUUGAUAAUUUGGCAGAUUCAAGCAAUGUAUACUCGCCUAUGUCCAUUGAUAAUGAUAGGUCUAUACAAAGUACUUGUCAUUCUUUGACCGCACAUAGAUUAAGUUGUGAUGUAGACACUUACACGUGCGAGUUAUACUAUUAUCUCAGGGAUGUCGAGAAAUUACAUCGUCCUAAACCAGGAUAUAUGAGAAGGCAGCCAGAUGUAACAUACAGUAUGAGAGCAAUAUUAGUGGAUUGGUUGGUUGAAGUAGCACAAGAAUACAAGCUACAAAAUGAAACUCUGUACCUAGCUGUUUCAUUUAUUGAUCGUUUUCUUAGUUUAAUGUCAGUGGUCCGUGCUAAACUCCAAUUGUUGGGUACUGCUGCCAUGUUUGUUGCGUCGAAAUAUGAAGAAAUUUAUCCUCCAGACGUUAGUGAAUUUGUUUAUAUAACCGAUGAUACUUACACAAAGAAACAAGUACUUAAAAUGGAACAGUUAAUAUUGAAAGUUUUAGGGUUUGAUGUAUCAAAUCCUACUACUGUUAUUUUCUUAACCCACAUUUGUGUUCAUUGUAAUGUUCCGUUGAAAGUUAUGUACUUAGCUAUGUAUUUGGGUGAAAUGAGUUUACUAGAGGCGGACCCCUACUUAUCAUAUACACCUUCCAUGAUUGGCUGUGGAGCUGUUGCAUUAGCUAGAUUAAUAUUAGAAUAUGAAGUUAUUUGGCCUGAAAAUAUGGCUGAAUUAACUAAUUACAGUUUAAAUGAUCUGAUACCUGUCCUUAAACAUUUAAACCACACAUAUAAAACCGCUCCACAUUCCCAACAAUCUGCCAUUCGGUCAAAGUACAAGUCUGCCAGGUAUCAUAGUGUGUCUGAAAUUGAGUACAAUGACUUGAUUGUGCCUGAAGAAACUGCUCAAAAAGAAAUGGCAGAGAGACUCAAGUUGGUUGAUGUUAAAGACAAGUCAUGAUUCUAUCGUUAUUUAUUUAUGUUUACGAUUUUUUUAAUUAUUAUUAUUUUUUUAUUAAUUUUUUGUAGUAAACAAAACAUUUUUUGACACUUUUUUAAACGAUCUAUUUUUAAGUAAAAAGAACAAAAUAAAGUUCAAAACGAACCAUACAACUGGAGAUGUUUUUUAUGUUGCGCUUAUAAGAAUCACGCGUUAAUUAAACAUUUUUACAUUCAUAAUUAUUUAUUUUUUUUUCUACUUAAUAUAUUUAAAUUUAAAAACUA